AUGUCUAGACAUCUCAUAGUUCUCGGAAUCACAAUACAUCUAAUCCUAGUUUAUUCCAUAUUCGAUAUUUAUUAUACUUCCCCAAUAGUGACGAAUGUUAAAGCACACGAUAUUACCAAAGGAGAAGCACCUGCCAAAAGACUAGUUGUUUUUUCAGCAGAUGGUCUUCGAUUAGACUCCUUCACUCAUAAUCCUGAGCUGUCGCCUUUUCUGCAUUCUAUCAUUAGAGAAAGAAAAGGUGUUUCUGGUAUUUCAGUCAGUCAUGUUCCUACGGAGUCUCGCCCAGGUCAUGUAGCUAUUUUCGCAGGUUUCGCUGAAGAUGUCAGUGCUGUAGCAAAAGGAUGGAAGAAAAAUCCUGUUCCUUUCGACAGUGUUCUGAAUAGAUCUGCAGAAGCUUUUCUUUUCGGAAGUCCUGAUAUAGUUUCGCUCUUCGACGAUAAACCACAUGUUCAUUCUUUCUCAUAUGCUGAGUCUGAUGAAGAUUUUGGAUCGACCAAUGCUUAUAAAUUGGAUGAGUGGGUGUUUGAAAAGAUUACGAGUUAUCUGAAUACAUCAUCUUCGAUUGAUACGUCUUCGGGUCUUUCUGAUGAUCGUAAAGUGUUUUUUCUUCAUUUACUAGGACUGGACACCAAUGGUCAUGGGAGUAAACCUCACUCUGAACGUUAUAAACAUAACAUUGAAGUGGUGGACAGAGGGAUAUCGAAAAUAAACUCUCUUUUUUCACAUAUUUUCAAUGAUGAAAGAACAGCAUUCGUUUUUACAUCAGAUCAUGGAAUGACUGACUGGGGAUCUCACGGAGCUGGAAGCGAUGAAGAAGUUCUAACUCCAUUCGUUGCUUGGGGUGCAGGGAUCAAGAAUGGAGGUGCUCGGGUGAACAUAGCUCAAGUAGAUUUGGCUCCGCUGAUGUCAAGUUUGAUUGGUGUAUCCAUACCCGUUAAUUCGGUUGGUAUCCUCCCGACAAAAGUUCUCUCUGUUUCUCCAAAAUAUCUUUUUCAAUGCAGCUUGGCUAACUUCUUACAGUUAAAAGAGCAGAUUUUCACUUUACGAAGUGUUAAAGCUAACAGGUUUUUCUUCAAAGAUUUUCCGGAAUUUGGCGAUGUUUCUCUUCAAUCUUUGGAGAAAGAGAUGCUCAAACUAGGACAAAGCGGUCGUUAUGCCAUGGCUGCGUCUCUGUUUGUUGAUAAAGCUCCAUUGAUGAAAGAAGCUAUUUAUUAUUAUCAUCGUUAUGACCGCGGAUUUCUCGGAGCCGCUAUUAGUACUUCAUUUCUUUUGUGGAUAACUCUAGUCUGGUGUUUCCUCACUAGAUCUCAAGAUUUGAAUUUAUUGAGUAAAAAAGUGUUGGUACCAAAUAAGUAUAUAAUAAGCGCUAUGGGGUUAACAUGUGGAAUGUGCUUCUUAUGUGGAUUUCCCAUUUCGAAUUAUGUAUAUGUAAUACUGCCUUUUCUUAUCCUCUCUGUGAUCGAAAACAUGACGGGUAUUACUGGUAAAACAGUUGAUUUCAUCAAACAGGUCCCUGCUAAUUAUCAAACAAUGUCUUUCGAUUUUUUGGUUCGUCCAUUCAUAGCCUGUUUGAGUUUGGUUUUCAUUGUCUUCAUUUUCGUCAUGGUAUUCAUGGAUCGUCGAUUAUUGAGUUUUAUAUUCUUACUGCUCAUUUUCUUACCCAACCUUUACACACCCAAUGAUGUAAUUAAGGAAUGGACUAAAGUUUGGAGAUGCUCUUGUGUUUCUCUCAUGCCUUUUCCGUUUCUUGCAACUGUUGGAAAAUACGAAUAUCCUAUUCUUUGCAUAACGACUCCAGCUGUUAUAGGAUUUCUCCUAUUCAAAUCUAUGAAGAGUUCGCAAUCCAAUUACCGCGAGAGUUGGUAUUUAGUAUCCGCUUGUUUUUUCACUUCUUUGCAUAUCUUCCUCACCACUUAUCUUGUUAAAACCAAUUAUUUGCUGGGAUUGUUCUCUUGGCUUACUUUACCAUCGUCUUUUAUAUUUCCGUUGUUUUCGGAUUUGACUAUCACUCAGCGAGUCAUUUGCUAUCUGGUUUCUUUGUACUUGCCGUAUUGCAUGCUAUCAAUAGCUUAUGAAUCGACUUUCACUCUUCUUUUCAUGCCGCUUCUGUUGUUGUUUCUACGAAUGGAAUUCCAACACAUGAACGAUUCAGAGUUCUUAAGAAUCAGUGCCAUGAAUUCUCCGCCUAUGUCAAAAGCUCAUGGACGUGUUCAUCCGAACGAGAUGCGAAGAGCGGUGGUUUGCGUAGCUUUCGUUCUUGCAGCUCUCUUUGGAACAGGAAAUUUUGCCUCUUUGAAUUCUUUUAACCCUUCUUCGCUGACCAGAUUUGUAACCAUCUUCAGUCCGUUCAUAAUGGCUUCUUUAUUGAUUAUUAAACUAAUCAUACCGGUACUCAUGGUGACUCUAGUCUUUGCUUCUGUCUUACGGUUCGAUAGGAGGUUAAUACAGAGAUUAUCCUGUCUUGUUCUUAUAAUUACAGAUUUAAUGGCGAUGUGUUUUUUCCAUCAGUUAAAAGAUAGUGGAAGCUGGCUAGAUAUAGGAAUGUCCAUCUCACAAUACAUUGUAUGUAUGUGCAUAUCUGUUGCUCUACUUCUUCUUCUUAUGGGUUGUAGUUUCCUGAUGACUACUCAAAUAUCACCAAGUGCUUUAAAGUCUUUCUUGGAUAAAGAGGCAGACUGUGUUCUUUAA